AUGGCUGCUUUCAUCAAGGCUGUCAAUGCCAAGAUCCGGGCGAACCCGGCACUGAACUACUUCUGCUCUACGCAUUUCUGGGGUCCUGCCUCCAACUUCGGUAUCCCCGUGGCCGCCGUUCUUGACACCCAAAAGUCUCCCGACCUGAUCUCGGGCCAGAUGACGGGCGCUCUUGUCAUCUACUCCGCCACCUUCAUGCGCUACUCGCUCGCCGUCUCACCAAAGAACUACCUCCUGUUCGCGUGCCACUUUGAGACGGCCGAGGCGAUCAAGGACAAGGCCGUGGCUGUCGAGACCAAGGUCGAGGGCAAGGUCAAGGAGGCCCUGGGCAAAUAG